GGGUGCUGGCGGCAGCCGGUUCCGCGCCAGGGCGGCAGCGCCGUGACUCCGGCGGUGCCCGGCCUCAGCCUCGCGCCGCCGCCUCGCUCGCGGGGAGCCGCUCGUCGCCGCCAUGGCUACCCGCUCGUGCCGCGAGAAGGCGCAGAAGCAGAACGAGCAGCACCAGGCCAUCCUGGCCAAGCUGCUGCGCGAGGAGGACAACAAGUACUGCGCCGACUGCGAGGCCAAGGGUCCACGAUGGGCUUCAUGGAACACUGGUGUUUUUAUUUGCAUCAGAUGUGCUGGAAUACAUCGAAAUCUUGGGGUCCAUAUAUCAAGAGUCAAAUCUGUCAACUUGGACCAGUGGACAUCUGAGCAAAUACAGUGCAUGCAAGAAAUGGGAAAUACUAAAGCAAGACUACUCUAUGAAGCGAAUCUACCAGAGAACUUUCGAAGACCUCAAACAGAUCAAGCCGUGGAAUUUUUCAUCAGGGAUAAAUAUGAAAAGAAGAAGUAUUACGAUAAAAAUGCAGCUAAUGCCUUCAAUAUAUCCUCUUCUGAUACUGCUCAACCUUUGGCAUCCUCUCCUUCUCUCCAGGCUGCUGCUGAGAAGAGCAAAGCAGAGAAGGAAAAAGAAAAAAAGAAAGAAGAGAAAAAGAGAGAGAGAGAAACAGAAAAAGCAUCAAAACAAGUAGCAGUUGAAAAGCCACAGAAGAAAGAGGAUCAGCAAUUAGAAGCCAAAGGAAGUCCAAAAAAGUCAUCAGAACCCACUAUUGACCUCUUAGGGCUUGAUGGUCCAGCUGAAACAUCAGUUGCAAAUGGAGGCACUGCUGCUGCUGCCACAGCAUUGAAUGAUGACUUGGAUAUCUUUGGCCCAAUGAUCUCUAAUCCUUUACCAGCAGCUGCUGUACCUCCCUCUCAGAGCACUUCUGCCAAACCAGCAGCUGCCACCUUGUCUGCAGCAGCAGGAGAUCUCGAUCUGUUCACUGAGCAAACAACAAAAUCAGAAGAGUCGGCAAAGAAACAGCUCUCCAAGGACUCCAUCUUGUCACUGUAUGGCACAGGAACCAUGCAACAGCAGAGUGCACCAGGUAUGUUCAUGGGCUCCUCCACUAUGCCAUUCACCACACAGCCAUCGACUCAUUUUCAAGGUUUCCCAGCCAUGGGAGUUCCUGUGCCUGCAGCCACCGGGAUGAUGGGAAGCAUGAUGGGACAAUCGGUGCCAGUCAUGGGGCAGAGCACAGGGGUGAUGGUAGGAAUGGGAAUGCCCAAUGGAUUUACUGGUACGACACAAACUGGUGUGAUAGGACUUCCUCAGAAUGUCGUUGGACCUCAAGGUGGAAUGGUGGGACAAAUGGUUACUCCACAGAAUAAGUACGGAUUGCAACAAAAUCAGCAAGCUCAAUGGAACCUCACCCAGAUGAAUCAGCAGAUGGCUGGAAUGAACCUCAGCAGCUCCAGCAAUGUGAUGGGCUUUGGGCAGCCCCCCAGCACAGUGGCGGGAUGGACUGGAAGCUCCUCGGGUCAGACUCUCAGCACACAACUGUGGAAAUGAACGUUGCAAUAGAGGUUUCACCCAGAAGAGCCACCUAACAUUCCUUGUCCAAAUGCAUUUACUUCCGCUGUUCUCUCCAUGGACAUACUUUUUCUUUUUCCCAGGCUGUUCAGAUUAAGAAUAUAACUGACUGACCGUGUUGUGGUCUGUAUUGAUUUAAAUUUGAUGUAGUGAAAAGCAGAUCAAGAACACAUUUAUAUAUCACUGGCAACGUUUUCAUACAAUGCAUAUGAUUUCAUAGACCAUGUAUUUAAGAAGCUGCUUAACCAUGUAUUGUUUUUUUCCCCUCAAAAUUCUAGAUCAAAUGGUUUGCAUUUAAGGGACGUAGCUAUCAUGUUAGUAAUAUCCAAAAAUAUAAACCCCCGAUCCCCCCCAAAAAUUACCCAGUAAUCCUGUAGAAGGUACUGUAUGAACAAAUAUUUAAUCAUAUAUAAAUAGAAUGUAAAUGUAUCACAGCAAUGUUUUCUAGUGUAUCAAACAAAUUUUGUUUCAUCAUGCAUUUCACUGUGACGUUAUUAUGGUGUGCAUAACAGGGAAUAUGAUCAUUGAAAGGAAGAUAAACCUGGAUGUUACUCUAGUCCUACAAAUUAAUAGUCUAUUCUUUUAAAAAUGAGCAUUUGAUCCAUUUGAGUUUCCUGUGCUAAAGCACCCAAGCGGGCUCGCGAGGCAUGUAUGCAGUAUUAAUGCUGAGAACUGGUAUGCAUACAAGGUAACUUGGUGUGAACAGAUCCAUCUUUCCUUGCAGAAAUAUCCAGGUUUAUGACAGUGAUUGUGUUUACAUUUUAUGGUGCCUCAUAAUGAUAAAAUGUUAUUUCCCUAUAUUAAAAAGAUGAAUCCGUAA